UUAUUGUUCUUCUUUUCUUUGAGCUGCUUUGAGCUGAAGGAGUUCAAGGAGUCUUUUUGAGCUUGAAUUUGCUGUACAUAGAGAAUUCUGCCAAAUGAAAUUCUCUCCAAGCCGUCUGGAUGACCACUGCUGGACCCUGACCCUGAAAACCUGAAGAGCUUGGAGAGGAAACCGGAGAAAGGGCACUGGCCGCAGAAAACGGAUUGACGGGGUUUUCAGCCGAUUGAGCCGAUUCUAAAAAUUCACUAUUUAAAUUUUCAAACAGAGCAAGAUUAUAACGAGACGAUUUAGCCGUAACUCAUAUAUUGCCGUUUCAAGGAAUAAUUUUAAAAAAUAUAAUGUCUCUGGAGAGAAACGCGUGUGAGGAUUUGAAGGCGUUUGAGCGACGACUAACAGAAAUCGUGGCCUGCUCGCAGCCUGGCGCUUAUCGGUGGCGUGUUAUUUUGGCCAUCGUCUCCGUUUGCCUAGCCGUGACCGCUUACUACUGGCUCUCCGACCCGCUGACCAAUAUGGUGCCCCUCUACCAGUCUCUCUGCAACCACCCGUUCUUCACCCUUUCCAGCCUCGCAAUUAUCAUUCUAAUGCUGAGUGGGGCGCACCGGAAGAUGGUCGCCCCUUCGGUUCUUAUGUCUCGGACUAGAGAGGUCUUGUCUGACUAUCACAUGUCCUGUGAUGACACUGGGAAACUUAUCCUCAGACCUCGUUCAGUGACCUAAGCAAUUUGUGUGCAUAUCUUUUUUGUAAAUUUUGUCAUUAUUUUAUAUAUCAUUUGAUGAAAUGUAAAGUUCUGUUUUAUUUUAAGCAAACUAAAAUGAACUUUUGUUGGCAUUAAAUAAAAAUUUGAUUACAUUCAA